UCUGGUGACAUGGAUGCCUCCACUUCCCAAGUAAAAUCUUCUACAAAAAAGGGAUGAGGCCCGUCUAGAUCAGUCCAAACAACUACACCCAUGUUCCUCGAAUUUGAUGAUUUUGACAUGCCUAUUGGAAAGUGGGAAUCUGCUUAUGGGAAGCAAAUUGGUAAUUGUGCUCAAAGAGUUAACAUUAAUGUGAAGGGAUAUCCGAAGUAUGAUAAAGUUCAAAAGCAAAACUUGUGGGAGGAGAGUAAGCGGAAGUUCCACAUUGAUGAUCCCAAGGGUAGUAAAGAGAAGAAGUUCCACGAAGCUGUUGGUGCUAGAUUUAGGAAGCACAAGUCUUGGUUAGUUUCACGAUUCAUUACUAAGGAAACUGCACCUCCGCCUGACUCAGCCUGA